AUGGAAGUCCCCAUGUUUCGCACUCCAAGUUAUCGCAUCAAAGCUCGUGGGCAGAAUCUGUUCCAACAAAUACGAACAGAAUUGUAUUGUCUCUUCUCCUCAGGUCUUCAGCUGUCUCAGAGCUGCGAUCUGUCUCUACCCUGCUGCGCAGAUGAAGGGUCACUGUCGAGCACAAAGUGCCCCCAGAUCAGUGGGGUCAGAGUUCAGCUGGAGAUGCAGGCACUUUGGCAGCAGUUUGACCAGCUGGGCACAGAGAUGAUUGUUACCAAAGCAGGAAGGCGGAUGUUUCCGACAUUCCAGGUACGGAUCUCUGGGAUGGAUCCCUCUGCCGAAUAUGUUCUUCUCAUGGAUUUUAUCCCUGUCGACAGCAAAAGAUACAGAUAUGCAUUCCACAGCUCAUCCUGGUUAGUGGCGGGAAGAGCAGAUGUCGCAGCCCCAAGCAGGAUGCAUUUCCACCCAGACUCACCUGCCCGUGGAGCCCAGUGGAUGAAGCAGACUGUGUCCUUCGACAGCCUAAAGCUCACCAACAACCUACUGGAUGACAACGGACAUAUGAUACUGAACUCCAUGCAUCGCUAUCAACCGCGCUUCCAUGUGGUGUAUGUGGAUCCAGCGCCGAACAGCCACUUGAAUGCAUACAAGAACUUCUGCUCUUUCUCGUUCCCUGAGACACGCUUCAUGGCUGUAACUGCUUAUCAAAACCACAGGAUCACUCAGUUAAAAAUUGCAAGCAACCCAUUUGCUAAAGGCUUCAGGACUACAGACCCCCAGGCUUGGCCGGGUAAUUCCAGUCCUCUAGCAGUGUGGUGUCCACCAGAGGGCAGAGCAGAAUCUCAAAUCGACAAAUCUGGAGAGCAAAUAAACUGUGAAUCAAAGACUUCAACCAGGCAGGAGGGCCUGGACCCGCUGAUGAUGGAGCAGUGUGAACUGUUUCAUCACAGUAAAGACUCCAUGGGAGGCACGGAGAGGAAAGGUGGGAGCAGUUUUUUAGCACCUGCCUCCUGCCUCCAUCUCCCCUCCUUCUGGGACCGUGCAGGGUCAUCAUGAGACCGCCAAUCUGUCAAGGUUCAAAAGAAGUGUUUUAAAUGAAAAAUGACCCUCCUGUUAUAUAAUAUUAUGU